AUGCUAUUGCUGCUGCUGCUGCUGCUACUCCUGGGGGCUGCUGCAAGCAGAUGUCUACAUGACGAGACACAGAAGUCUGUGAGCCUUCUCAGGCCCUCUUUCUCCCUACCUCCCUCAAACUUCCGCUCUUCCUCCCUCAUCCUCCCUGGCUCUCAUGAUCCUCAACCCCUCCGAAUCCAAACCUGCUAUAUAAAAGACCCUGUGUCAGAUGGAGCUUGGGAUCCUGAGGGAGAUGGGAUGAGUGGGGAAUCCCGAGCCCUGGCCGCAGUGAGAGAGGCUGCUCAGCGACUCCAGGGUGUCCUAGCAGUGCAAGGACCCCUGCUUCUGAGCCGAGACCCUGCACAGUACUGCCAUGCUAUCUGGGGAGACCCAGAUACCCCCAACUACCACAGGUGCAGCCUCUUAAACCCAGGGUACAAAGGAGAGAGUUGCCUGGGCGUAAAGAUCCCUGAUGCUCAUCUCCGUGGUUAUGCUUUGUGGCCAGAGCAGGGUCCCCCACAACUGGUCCAGCCAGAUGGGCCUGGAGUUCAAAACACAGAUUUUCUCCUGUAUGUGCGGGUUGCCCACACUUCCAAGUGCCAUCGAGAGCCCUCUAUCAUUGCCUAUGCUGCCUGCUGCCAACUGGACUCAGAAGACAGGCCCCUUGCUGGUACCAUUGUCUACUGUGCCCAGCAUAUCACCAGCUUCAGCCUCAGCCAUAGUGACAUCGUCAUGGCCACACUACACGAAUUGCUCCAUGCCCUGGGUUUUUCUGGACAGCUCUUCAAGAAGUGGCGGGAUUGCUCCUCAGGACCCAGUGUUCGAGAGAACUGUUCUACAAGGCAACAGGUGAUGAGGCGAGAUGAAUGGGGACAGCUGCUUCUCACCACCCCAACUGCUAGCCACAGCCUGGCCAAACACUUGGGAGUGCUAGGAGUUUCACUGGGCGUCCCCUUGGAAGAAGAGUAGGGCCCCUUGUCUUCACACUGGGAGGCCCGACUACUCCAAGGCUCUGUAAUGACCGCUAUCUUCGAUGGUGCCCAGCGCACUCGACUAGACCCAAUCACUCUUGCUGCCUUCAAAGACUCAGGCUGGUAUCAAGUCAACCACAGUGCUGCAGAGGAGCUGUUGUGGGGCCAGGGAUCUGGCCUGGACUUUGGCCUGGUGACCACAUGUGGCACUGGCUCCUCGGACUUCUUCUGCACUGGCAGUGGACUGGGCUGCCACUACCUGCACCUGGACAAGGGAAGCUGCUCUUCAGACCCUGUGCUGGAAGGCUGUCGCAUGUAUAAGCCCUUGGCCAACCAGAGUGAAUGCUGGAAGAAGGAAAAUGGAUUCCCACCUGGGGCAGAGAAUCCCCAUGGGGAGAUCUACCAUUCCCAGAGCCGUUGCUUCCUUGCCAACCUCACAUCACAACUGCUCCCUGGGGACAAGGACAGGCAUCCCUCUCACAUCCCACACCUGAGGGAAGCAGAGCUCACUGGCCACUGCUACUUACAUCAGUGCACAGAGAGGGGAACCUACAAGGUGCAGGUGGAGGGAUCCCCAUGGGUCUCAUGCCCCCCAGGAAAGGCUAUUCAGAUACCUGGGUACUAUGGUCUUCUCAUCUGUCCCAGGGGUCGGCUGUGUCAGACUAAUGAAGGUACAGAUGCUGUUACUUCCCCACCUAUGAGCCUUUCAACCCAGGACCUGUUCUUCAGGCUGUCUUUAGGAUUAGCUGGGCCCCCAGGCCAUUCCCUGGGGGAAGAAGAACGAGAAGAGCUGACUGAAGCAAUCCUACAGGCUCUGGUGAGCAGAGGAGGCACUGACAGGUGCUAUUUCCACAGCCCCUCAAUUACCACUAAUCUGGUGUUCACUGUGCAUAUGAGGAAGUCCCCCGGUUGCCUAGGGCCUUCAGUUGGUAUGCUGCACAGGGCCCUGACCCUGACUCUCCAGAAGAAGCCUCUACAAAUAUAUUACAGAGGAGCCAACUUUACCACAGAAUACACCAAGUUGCUGGUUACCUCGGACCACAAUCACUCGAUGACCCAUUUAGGUCUGUCCAUAGGGUUCUGCCUAACACUGCUUAUCCUGGUGUGUACACUGGGAACCAUGGCCUAUCAGAAACGAGCUACUCUUCAGGUGGGGCCAUCUGCCCCAUACCAUUCACCAGAGCUCCAAAGCACAAGGGGCCCAGUUGGAGGAAUAAGGGAGGUGUGA